AUGCCGGAGUUUGUCAACAUUCCCACCUAUACCAAAGUGUUUCACCACGAGCCCUACGCGGCCAUCUCCCCUUCUCGUCCCGAGCUCUCUACCAAGGGCAAAAAUGUUGUCAUCACUGGCGGAGGAGGAGAGAUUGGCGCGGCCAUUGCCCUGAGUUUCGCCCAGUCUGGCGCUUCAAACAUCGCCCUUUUGGGACGUACGGAAGCCACUCUCCUCAAGAGCAAGCAGACGAUCAACGCAACAUAUCCCGAGACAACCGUCCACAUCAUUACGGCUGAUGUCGCCGGCGAGGCAUCGGUCACAGCUGCUCUCAGCAAGUUUGCUUCCGUUGCGGGCAAAAAGCUCGACAUUCUUGUUGCCAAUGCUGCUGUUCUGCCUGAUCCGGGAACGCUGCUGGGAACCGAAUCAUCUCUAUGGUGGUCUGGAUUCGAGAUCAAUGUCAGGGGCCAGUUCAAUCUCGUCCGAGCCUUUGUGCCUCUGGCUGAGAAAAAUGCAACCAUCAUGAAUGUGACGUCUUCCGUCGCCCAGUUCCCCUUUGUCCCCGGGUCCAGCAGCUACCACGGAUCCAAGCUGGCAGGCGUCAAGAUCUUUGAUUACUUGCAUUUCGAGAACCCCGAGCUGAGGGUCCUGCAGUUCCAUCCCGGCGUGGUACAGAGCAGCAUGUCGCAAAAGUCGUUUGAUACUGGCAUUCCGAGACCUACUAUGGACACCCCUUCUCUCCCUGGCGCUUUUGCCGUUUGGUGUGCGAGUGCCGAAUCGGAGAGCCUUCGAGGCAAGUUUUUGUGGGCGAAUUGGGAUGUGGAGGAGCUCAAGGAAAAGGCAGACGCGAUUCAAGGCCAGCUGACGUUUGGCCUUCUUGGCUGGCCAUAG